AUGGGUAGGCUACAAAACCUACAGACUCUAAAUGUCAUGGAAACCCUAGUGCGUGAGCUACCAAUUGAGAUAUUUAGGCUUUAUAAACUGAGACAUCUUUUGGCUCAUUAUCAUGACCGUGGAAUUGAAAGUAGUUUCUAUGCAAUGAAAGGAGUAAAAUUAUGUGAUGGGGUUGGAUGUUUAAGGGACUUGCAGACACUAUCACUUGUAGAGGCAAAUCAUCAAGGUGUUGGUCUAUUCACAGAGCUGGGAAAGUUGAGUCAGUUGAGGACUCUUGGCAUUUCAAAUAUGGCGGCAGAAAAUGGGAGGGAUUUGUGUGCCUCCCUACAAAAUAUGGUCCAGCUUAAGAUUUUGGUUGUAAGCUCAAUCAGCGAAGAAGAAAAUUUAGAUUUAGAAUCAAUUUCAUCGCCGCCUCAAUUUUUAGAACAUAUCUUUCUAAGGGGGCGGUUGAAAAAGUUGCCCAAAUGGAUUCUAGGGCUUCAUAAUCUGGUGACAUUAGGCUUAUGUUUCUCAUUUUUAGUGGAAGAUCCACUAAUUUGUGUCAAGACUUUGCCUAAUUUAAUUAAUCUUACCCUUCGUCAAGGGUAUGAUGGUGAACGGCUCCAUUUUGAGGAAGGCGGUUUUCAAAAGCUUAAAAAGCUCACACUGAAAAAGAUGAACAUAUUAAAGAUGGCGGAAAUAGACAGAGGAUCACUGCCCGUUCUUGAGCAACUAGAGAUUGGGCCAUGCCCACAAAUGAGGGAGGUGCCCUCUGGAAUUCAGCACCUGAAAAGCUUAAAGAUUAUCGACUUCUAUGAAAUGCAGAGAGAUUUUGUGCUACAUUUGCAGCCAGAUAGAGGCAAAGAUUAUUGGAAAGUCAAGAAGGUAACUACUAUCCAUUUCGGCUAUAGGAUUAAAGGAGAACAAUAUCAAAUAUACAAGUUAGGUGAGUCAGACUUGUUGGAGCGUCUACAAGUGUGA